UGUAAAAAGAAGCAGGAUUUGUUAUAUAAGCAGACAAAUAUUAAAUACAAGGUCAGAUGAAACGUCAGGAUAUUUUGGGUAUUUGUAGAAACUUUUGCGUUAACCAAACGCUUUACGGCUCUCUAGGGCUGGUUAUUUUCCCCUUCGUCCUCUUUCCCGCCCAAAAUUCACUCUUCAUCACCGCGAAACAAAACUUUAGCAGUGAACCAGUUGCUUAUGUUUCUAGGGUUAGGGUUUUGGUAUCUUAAUUAGCUGGAAUUAUCUUGUUUCCUUUAAAAUCAGUAUAAUGGGGAAAGAAGAAAAAGAUAUUGUAAUCGAGUUGGAUGACGAAGAAGACGGUGAUAUGGUAGAUUCUGAUAAUUUUGUGUUCGAGAAGAUUGGGAAGUCUGUUCCUCUAAAACCAAACGACUCGAAAUUUGAUCUCGAAAGUCCUCCAGCACAACCGCUUGCUGUUUCUGAUCGAUUUCAAGUCAUAUUUGUUGCUCAUUCCGAAGGGUUUUAUGUUGCGAAAACCAAGGAUGUUAUGGAUUCGGCUAAGGAGAUUAAAGAAAAAGGAAGUGGUUCGUGUAUUCAGGAGUUGUGCAUAGUUAAUGUUUCAAUUGGUAAGGUCCAUAUUUUGGCAUUGUCUAUGGAUUCGUCGUAUCUAGCUGCUUCAGUGGGUGGGGAGAUUCAUUUAUAUGCUGUCGAAUCUCUGUUGAAUAAGGAGCAACAAGCGUCUUUCACAUGCUCACUUCAUGAUGCAAGUAAUGUGAAGGAUUUUCGUUGGAGAAAAAAAAUGGUGAAUACGUAUGCUGUUCUUUCAAAAAGUGGCACAUUAUACCAUGGAGAUGUGGAUGGAUCCCUUAAAGAAGUAAUGGAUAAUGUUGAUGCUGUUGACUGGAGUAAAAAUGGAAAUUUUAUUGCGGUCGCAAGAAAGAAUACUUUGAGUAUACUUUCAUCCAAAUUCAGGGAUCGAUUUCAUAUGUCGCUGUUGUUCAAGACCUUGGUUUGUGACAGCGAUGCAAAGCACAAUAUAGUAGUGGAUUCUAUCCAGUGGGUUCGCCGUGACUGUAUUAUUCUUGGAUGCUGUCAAGUAACUGAAGAUGGCGACGAGGAGAAUUAUUUCGUCCAAGUAAUCAGCAGCAGAGAUGGUAAAAUUUCAGAGGAUACUUCCAAGCCAGUUGUGUUAUCUUUCAGUGACGUAUUUACAGGCAUCGUAGAUGAUAUUGUGCCCUGUGGAAAUGGACCGCAUUUGUUCUUGAGCUAUUUGGAGAACUGGGAGCUUCUACUUGCCGCCAAUAGAAAGAACACAGAUCAACACAUUGUUUUACUUGGGUGGUCUGUGGAUGAGGAGCAAAAGGAUGCUGCUGUCAUUGAUCUUUCUCAAGAUGACCGGUGGCUCCCAACAGUUGAGCUUCAAGAAAAUGGUGAUGAUAAUGUGAUUAUGGGGUUUGGUGUUGACAAAGUUUCCUUAUAUGAGAAAGUAAAAUUCAAGCAGGGAGUGGAAGAAAGAGAGCUUUCACCACAUUGCAUUCUGUUGUGUCUAACCCUUGAGGGAAAGCUUAUUAUGUUUUACCUCGCGCGGGUUAUAGAAACUCCAGCUUCGCCUCAGUUUGUCGAUGCAACUUCUGACGAAGAAGUGAAUUCUUCAGCCGUUGUACCAUCUAAGUCAGCUAGUAAAACCCAAGGUCCAUUACUGUCAUUUGAUGCAAGAAAAGUUCCUGAGCAGUCACAAAAACCAGGAGAAGAUUUGCAGCACAACACUAAUCUUGUCCCAAAGUCGUCACCUUUUGGAAGCCAAAGUGCAGACAUAGAGAAAUUAUAUGUCAAUUCAUCUCAUCUACAAGGAAUUACCAAUCUACAGAAAGUUGGUCUGAGCACUGAUUCUUCGACUGGAAGUGCCCUGACUGGUGCCUUUACCUCUUCCGAGUCAUCAAAUUUUAAAGAUUCAACUAGAAGUGCGGACACAACCAAGGGAUUUCUUAAGGGAACUAGUUCAGCUGCCCUUCCUAGCGGCCCAUAUAGUCUCUCGGCUGCAGAUCAAGUCAAUGCCAGAUCGUCCUUUUCACUGAGCCCCCUUGAAAGAAAUAGAAAUGACAGCUCUGGUUUUAGAAUCGAGAACACUACUCGUGAUAAUAUAAAUAACGGUCUUCCUACAAAGGACCAUAGCGUAUUUCCUGUUCAUUCUUCUGCUAAUAUCAAUCAGAGUGGAGGUCAAAGAACUUCAGUGGAUGCCGGAAAAUUUGAAUCUGUACCUACUAUCCGUAGUUCACAACUAUCACAAGGAAGUUCCGCACCCGGCAAAUCUUUCAACUUCAAAUUGCAGCCUACACAGGAAGCUUCUAAAGUUCCUUCAUCGCCGGUGUUGCUGGCUUCAGAUCCUGCAUUGUCAAAGCAUUUGGGCAGUGUAAACGAUAUGGCAAGGGACCUAGAUAAUCUUUUACAAUCUAUAGAAAAAGAAGGUGGCUACAGGGAUAAUUGCACCCAGAAGAGUCCGGUGUUGUCCUUGGAGCAAGAUCUAGAGAAACUCUCAUGGAAGUGCCGAGAAUGGAGGAACACUAUGGAGGAGCGGCUUGAAGAGAUUCAACAUCUUUUUGAUAAAACUGUGCAAGUUUUAAGUAGACAAAUCUAUAUAGAGGGCUUUGUCAAACAGUCUAGUGAUAGCCAAUACCGGGACCUUUUGAAUCGCCAGAAGCUGAGUCCCGAACUUGAACAGAAGCGUCAAAGAAUGUUGAAAGUAAAUCAGGAGCUGACCAAUCAGCUUAUACAAUUGGAAAGGCAUUUCAACACUCUGGAACUCGAUAAAUUUGACAAGACUACUGUGGGUUAUAGUGCAUCCCGCACUAUUUUAGAGCCUUCGAGACACAGUCAAUCCUUGUAUAGUUUAUAUAACACUGUGAAUUCACAAUUAAGGGCUGCAGAGCAACUCUCCGAGUGCCUGUCUGACCAGAUGACUGAGCUGAAGAUAGAAUCUCCUGUUAAGAAAAGACAAAGUAUAACAAAAGAACUGCUUGAAUCAAUUGGCCUUCCCUAUGAUGUUGACUCCUUCAACUCUCCUGAUGUGAAAGGAGGAGGUCGUAGUCCAGAUUCAAUCAAGAAACUCUCCUUUUCACACAGCUUUAAUUCCAAAGAGCAGUUUAGAAGUGCUACGAAAAAUGUGGAACCAGAAACUGCAAGGAGGAGGAGGGACUCCUUGGAUCGGAGCUGGGCAAGUUUUGAGCCUCCGAAAACAACUGUAAAAAGAUUAGUGUUGCAAGAAGAACGCCACAAGGUCAGUGCAACCAAAUCAGCACCGUUGGCAUGUAAAGCUGAUCAGAAGCAGGGGUCUUUCUUUUCCCAACCAAGUGACAAGAUUGACCCUUCACCUUCUUUGUUUUCAUCCACAUCCAAAGAUGAGUCGAAAAGAUAUCACGCGAAUCGAGAGAUGCAGAGUGAUCCAUCUAAGCAGUUGUCUGGAAGUCCUCAGAGUUCUUUCACAAGUGUUGAUAACUACUCAGGAUCAGCACAGUCUAGUUUGAAAUUUCCAUUUAUGCAGAUGACGAGAAACAGCCCUACACCGACGUCAUCAGCAGUCGCAUUCCCAUCAUUGUCAUCAUCUAACCCAGCUCAGACGAAUACACAGGGGACUUUUGGCUUAACUUCUGAUAGAUCAAGCGCUGGAAUGUUUCGUAUUCCAAAGUCUGAAUCUUCCAAAGUCCAACCAAAUUCUUUCUCUAAGCCAGCACGCCAGUUUCAGUCCGAAACUUCACACAAUCAAACACCAACAAGCAGCUUUUUGCAAGCACAGCCUGUUGUAGCAGAGAAGAAGUCCCAGAAUGAAGAAAAUGAGCUAUCAAAUUCUAGUACACAAAUAAAGACAUUAACGGGUACUAUCAAUCAAGGAACUACAGCCGAAAAAAGCUCAUCUGCAGCAUCCAUGAGAAGUAAUAGUUCCCCACUUAAAACUGCGUAUGCUGUUCCAACGUCUACACCUUCAUUUGGAAAAGUUCCUGGAAAUUCAACAAAGAAAACUGAUUAUGGUAACUUGUCAGCUCCAGCAGUACCUUCUACCAUCUCCUCAUCACUUUCUGUUCAUCCGUUGGCAACUACUACUUCAUCAGUGACCACAACAUCAACUUCACCGUUCUCAUCAUCUGCCGUCUCAUCACAAAGCUCUUCUUCCUCAAUUUCACCAUCUUCUCCUUCAUCCCUUUUUUCUUCUGGUUCUUUCUCUUUUGAUCCUCCAAACAAACAGCUCGAACAAUCACCUAAUGAAGCUGACUCUUUAAAUCCAAAACUAAUGGAAACCAAGCCUCCUUCUGGUGAAAUUAGAUUGAACUCAGACUUACAAGCUCCUCCUCCGAACUCCGAGCCUCCUAGUAGUGAACUUAGUUUGAAAUCUGUAGUAAAUGACCCUUCUUCACAUGCUCCUGCUCCACUUCUUGUGCUGUCCCCUAGAGGUGAAUUUGAUUUGAAUUCAGAGGCGCCUGUAAAGCCAACACCUGCAGAAGAAGUUUCAGUUCUAUCCUCAUCUGGAAGCGAGUCAAGUUCAACUACAACAGCAUCCACCAGCGUUUUUACUGGCGUGUCGAAUGCUUCACCUGAAUCUCAACUCGAGACACCAUCUCCUGUUGAAGCUCAACUACAGUCAAUGUUACCUUCUACUGGAGCAACCGACGGGAAGAAUGAAAAAUUGGAUACUGCUGUGACUCAGGAGGAUGAAAUGGAUGAGGAAGCUCCUGAAACAAUGUCUGACAUGGGUUUAGGAGGCCUUAGUUCUUUUGGGUAUGGAGCAGCCCCUACAUCAGCUGCACCAAAACCUAAUCUCUUUGGAGGUGCAUUUGGUAACAACACACAAGUAAAAUCUAAUCCGUUUGGAGGUCCAUUUGGUAAUAGUACAGAGUCGAAUGCAGGAAACCCUUCUCCAUUCACUUUGACCCAACCCGCUGGUCCGCUAUUUCGACCUGCAUCUUUUAGUAUCAACACUUCCCAACCUGCCCAGCCAACAAAUCCUGCUCCUUUCUCUGGUGGUGCCUUUACUCCCGGUGCUUCUGCUCCUCAGCCGACACCUAGUGGGUUUGGACAGCUGGCACAAGUGGGAGCUGGGCAGCAGGCAUUGGGUUCAGUGCUUGGAUCCUUUGGACAGUCUAGACAGUUUGGAACUGGUUUACCAGGGAAUAGUUUUGCUACUGCUGCUCCUGGUGGAGGUACUGGUUUUGGAGCUCCUUCUUCUAUUGGUGGCUUUGCUAAUGCUUCUACUGGAGGAGGAUUUGCUGGGGCCGCUUCUGCUGUUAGUGGAUUUGCUGCUGCGGCAUCUGCUGGUGGAUUUGCUGCAGCUGCCUCUGGUGGUGGUGGAUUCGCUGGAGCUGCUGGUGGGGGAGGAUUUGGUACUGCUGCCACAGCUGGUGGUGGAUUCGGAGGUUUUGGCAACAAUUUUGGCAACAAUCAAGGAGGCGGUGCAUUCGCUGCAUUUGGCAGCAACAAACCAGCAAGUGGAGCGCCACAACCCGGUCUGUUUACACAAAUACGAAGAUAAUUGAAAGUGUUCGUUUACCAACUAGUUUUAAUGAUGACCCUUAUUAUUUGUUCUUGCAAACCUAGAGCAGAGCAAAAUCUCCAAAUGCAGUUUCGCUCAAAAUAGGUCAGCUGCUUUAAAUGGCUUAUCCCUUUAUUAGUUGAGUUUGGCUAUUCUUGCACUCUGGAGCCAGUGUUUUGUAUUUGAAGUCAGGUUUUCAGUGUAUCCUUGCAUGUUAUCUAAGUUGUAGUUAACAUGAAUCUGGAUUGUACUUUAAUGUGAAAAAAUGCAAGAAGAAAAAAGAAAUUGUACCCUAUCAAAGGAAGAUUUGUGUGGGCUACUCAAAAGUGUCGGGCACAUAUCUCUAUGAAGGUAAUUAUCAUUUUCGAAACAAGUUUAAGCUUCCCAAACUAAGAAACAACGAGUUGAAGCUUGCUUCACGUGUAGAAACAGGGAACAUGUGCGCCUUUUGUGUCCUUUAAACUGUUUUAUCUUGAUGGCUAACUGUUAAAUCUCCCCUGUUUCAAACUUUUUGGCCUUGGAGCCCGUGUUAUGGGAUCAUCUAAAUACUCCGUAGCAAAAUACUUCAAACUUGGAUCUCAUAUGAUCGUGAAUAACAUCUGAGAACAAUGAAACCACUGUCAUGGUGACAAUUAACAGCUUUACCCAACAUGGGUAUUUAAUCCGUUCUGCCACUUUUAAAAUGUCACGUCUCUUCAGGUGAAAUGCUCAUAGAUCGCCUAGACAGUAGGACCACUGUCUAGCUCUUGUACUUGCCUUGCCAGUUGUGACAAGUCCUGGGCUAUA